AUGAAGCUGCUCCAUACCCUGUUCUUUAUCCUCCCAGCCGCUGCCGUAUCAGCGGAUCCUGUUGCGGCCGCAACGCUCAACAUCACGGCCAUCUCCUCCCGCAACGGGUACUCAGUGCUUGAGUGCUGGCAACUCGACACCAUUCCUGUCGCUUACCUGUCGGCGAUCAACUACGCCAUCGGAAACACAACCACGGCUACUUGGUCUCGCAUUGAGCCGCGCACCACGCCUGGCGAAGCCUGGGCUCCUCAGGUCCAGCUAUCCAUCAUCCUAAACGGCCUCAUCCGCAUCACAGCCCCCGCACCCGUCUCUACGACCCUCGAUAUACCCGUAUGUGUUGCCGAUGAACUGACGCAGGGGCACGCUGUUGCCGAGAGGGUGAGAACACAGCCGAAGACGCAGGUGGCGUAUGUGAUGCCGGGGACGAUGCAGUCGUCGGUUCUGAUUGCGGCGGAUUUAAAGGCGACCAGCAAUAUCCGGGGCCAUUUCACCGAGUUCCCUAGUGGGGCGCCGACGGUGUUGAUGCAGAUACCGUUUGAGGGUGAUCGGGUACCGGUGCAUAGGGUUUUGUAUGAGGGGCCAUGCGUGUGA